CGUAUCAAUUCUCGUUUCCCGUGUAUUUUAUACUAAAAUAUUUAGGGAAUUCUCAUUAAAUUUUUUGAUUAUUUGAAAUAAGGUAUUUAUAAAGUAUACAUACUGUAGCCGGAUUACGUGAACAGUGACACGUUUAAAGGAACAGCGAAACAGUGACAGUAAAUAUUUUCUACUAUUUUGUUUGUUAAGGGUUUUGCUUAUUAAAAUAAAACUUUAUAAAACGCUAACCAAUAAUCAUAGGUGCUUAUUGAAGUAGUUGUUAAAAUUUUUAAUUGGCACCUAUUAGCUUAAAUAUACAACAAACUUGUUGGGUCUAAAAUGAACGCUAGCAGUUAUUUAUCACCACGGUUGAUGGUUGGGGCUGCAAUAGUAGGACUUGUGGGUGCUGCUGGAGUGUUCAUCUACGAACAGGUGUACGCCGAAAAGAGGAGAGCCAUGCUGGUGAGUGAAGUUGCAAGACUGGAUAGACAAGUGGCAUCCAUGAGAUCAGAGUUAGAAUCCCUGAGAGAGCUGCAAAAAGAAACAAACAUGCGUCGCGCAAGACAGAAGCCUCGCAUCAGAAGGGAGAUACCGGUUGCAGCAGCGCCCUCCGGAGAUGCAACUGACUCCGAGUACUUUACUGACUGCCAGUCAUUAGUAGGUACAGAUAUUGAAAUGGACAGUGAAGAAUUCUACGACGUGCCUUCCGACGAAGAAGAUACGUUACGGGAGUCGUUAGUCAAUGGGCACGCAGCUUUACCACCGGAUCAGUUCUCUUUCAGAACUCGUCAAAAAGCGAUGAAUCGAAGAAGGACAGCACCACGUAGCUGUAGAUGACGUCAUAUACAGGUAUAUAACGUGAGGCACUAUGGGUUUGUCUAUGGAUUAUCUAGCCGGGUCUGGGUAGAUGUAGCAUUUAGGAUCAGUUAACAACGGUCUUGUUUGUAUUAACUUAUAUAGACUUUGUACUUUUAAAAUGGGUGCGGACUAAGGGUGCGUUUAUUGUGCUGCGCGUCGAAAGCGCUGCAUCCUUGCUUAUAUUCACAACAUUAAAUGCUGCUUGGCUGCAGCGCUGCAUUUACUGCUAUGUGAAUUCAUUUAACUUUUACGGAAUAUUACAAAACGAAUAUGAGGCUAAUAUCAUCGCAUCCUUGAGGCAAAAGGUACAUUUUAUGCAACUGCAACGCAAUCGUUUCAAAAAUCCCCUUAGUUACUUUUGUCCUUCAGUAAGCUAUCGUACUUCGUCUUGGUUCGUACAUUAUGGAACAUGAGGAUUUUUAGCUAUUCAAACGGUUGCAGUGCAGUCCGAUGAACAUAUUGAACAUGUAAACUUUAGGCGGAUUGCGUAUGCAAUAAUUGAAAUCGUAGUGAUGCCUCCCUAAUUUCAUAUUUCAGAAAUAUGUAAUACUAGCUUCAACGGUGAAGAAAAACAUUGUUAGGAAACCUGCAUGCCUGAGAGUUCUACAUAAUGUACUGAAAGGUGUGUGGAGUCCACCAAUCCGCACUGGAGCGGUGGACGACCUUAACCUGUGGGUUGAUGUGAUGAUGAUGAUCAUAUUUCCGGCCCAAUACUAACAUCCUUUCAGAAUGAAAAGGUACUAGGCUGGAGCUAAUCGUGCGUGCGUGUAAAGUUUGUCAAAAGGACUGGCAGACUCUACACGCAUUUGAGAACAUUUUGGGAACAUCCCAGGUACCCACACGAUGUUUUCUUUCACUGUGAAAUCAAGUGAUGGUAGUAUCACUUGAUUUCACAGUGACCAGUACAAGCUAGUCUUGUGAGGAUUGGGAUGUAGACUUCACACGCCUUUGAGAACAUUCUGGAGAAUUGCGAGGUGUCUUAAACGAUGUUUUUUUUGCUCCGUUAAAGCUAUAAAUGGAAUAGUCAGCCAAUAACAAAGCAUCCUACGACAAUCGAUCAAUAGAUCAUAUAUCGACAUGGUUCUUUAUGUCCAGCAUAUCUAUGAUUGAAAUCUUUGGUUUACGAAACUAACGGCCUAUCCUUCUGUUAAGUGUCGGGUAAGCUUUCCUCAGUAAGCUUUUCUCACGUUUUGUCCUUGUCACUUGAUAUAAAGUAAAAAAGGAGACAUAACAUGCGUUUAGGCUAUCUAACACUUGUCAGGAGUUGGUCGAACAGGGCCCUAAACUAAAAGCAGCCAUUUUGGAAAUCCCUUAUUAAUUAUUGUUUUUCUAUGCAUUCAAAUAAAUAUGAAAGGUGCAAUUUUUUUUAACAGUUCAAAUUUAUUUGUAUGCUGCUAAAAAAUGUACUUUUCUACUGUUCCAUUUAAAAAGACGGCAUUAAUUUCUCAGCAUUUUGGUACCAUAUCGCCAAGGUGUUUUCGAAUAUCGAAACCUAAUAAUGUCAAAGUAACUUUUUGUAAAGUGGAAAGUCAAAAACGAUACUACGAGGUCCGUGCUAGUUAUAGCGUACGCCUAGAGGUUACAAAUAUUCCGUUACAUUGGUAAAUAUUUAUUUUACAUUGAUAAAUUAAAUACUAAACAUUUUAAAUAGUUAGAAUG